CACCCUAGGUGAGCAGCCAUGGCGGGCUGGAUUCAGGCCCAGCAGCUGCAAGGAGAUGCCCUUCGCCAGAUGCAAGUGCUGUACGGACAGCACUUCCCCAUCGAAGUGCGGCAUUACCUGGCACAGUGGAUUGAAAGCCAGCCAUGGGAUGCCAUUGACCUGGACAAUCCCCAGGACCGAGGCCAGGCCACCCAGCUCCUGGAGGGCCUGGUGCAGGAGCUGCAGAAGAAGGCGGAGCAUCAGGUGGGGGAAGAUGGGUUUUUGCGGAAGAUCAAGCUGGGACACUAUGCCACGCAGCUGCAGAACACAUAUGAUCGCUGCCCCAUGGAGCUGGUCCGCUGCAUCCGGCACAUUCUGUACAACGAACAGAGGCUGGUCCGAGAAGCCAACAACUGCAGCUCACCUGCUGGCAUCCUGGUGGACGCCAUGUCUCAGAAGCACCUUCAAAUCAACCAGACCUUUGAGGAGCUGCGACUAGUCACGCAGGACACAGAGAACGAGCUGAAGAAGCUGCAGCAGACCCAAGAGUACUUCAUCAUCCAGUACCAGGAGAGCCUGAGGAUCCAAGCUCAGUUUGCCCAGCUGGCCCAGCUGAAUCCCCAGGAGCGCCUGAGCCGGGAGACAGCGCUGCAGCAGAAGCAGGUGUCCCUGGAGGCCUGGCUGCAGCGCGAGGCACAGACCCUACAGCAGUACCGCGUGGAGCUGGCUGAGAAGCACCAGAAGACCCUGCAGCUGCUGAGGAAGCAGCAGACAGUCAUCCUGGACGAUGAGCUGAUCCAGUGGAAGCGGCGGCAGCAGCUGGCCGGGAAAGGGGGUCCCCCCGAGGGCAGCCUGGACGUGCUGCAGUCCUGGUGUGAGAAGUUGGCUGAGAUCAUCUGGCAGAACCGGCAGCAGAUCCGCAGGGCAGAGCACCUCUGUCAGCAGCUGCCCAUCCCCGGGCCGGUGGAGGAGAUGCUGGCUGAGGUCAACGCCACCAUCACAGACAUCAUCUCAGCCCUGGUGACCAGCACGUUCAUCAUCGAGAAGCAACCUCCUCAGGUCCUGAAGACCCAGACCAAGUUUGCAGCCACUGUGCGCCUGCUGGUGGGUGGGAAGCUGAACGUGCAUAUGAACCCACCCCAGGUGAAGGCCACCAUCAUCAGUGAGCAGCAGGCCAAGUCCCUGCUCAAGAAUGAGAACACGCAUAAUGAGUAUAGUGGUGAGAUCUUGAACAACUGCUGUGUCAUGGAAUACCACCAGGCCACCGGCACCCUCAGCGCCCACUUCAGAAACAUGUCUCUCAAGAGAAUCAAGCGUGCUGACCGGCGGGGUGCAGAGUCCGUGACGGAGGAGAAGUUCACCGUGCUGUUUGAAUCUCAGUUCAGUGUUGGCAGCAAUGAGCUUGUGUUCCAGGUGAAGACGCUGUCCUUACCUGUGGUCGUCAUUGUUCAUGGCAGCCAAGACCACAAUGCUACUGCCACCGUGCUGUGGGACAAUGCCUUUGCAGAGCCAGGCAGGGUGCCAUUUGCUGUGCCCGACAAAGUGCUGUGGCCACAGCUGUGCGAGGCGCUCAACAUGAAAUUUAAGGCUGAAGUGCAGAGCAACCGGGGCCUGACCAAGGAGAACCUCGUGUUCCUGGCACAGAAGCUGUUCAACAGCAGCAGCGCCCACCUGGAGGACUACAGCAGCAUGUCCGUGUCCUGGUCUCAGUUCAACAGGGAGAACCUGCCUGGCUGGAACUACACCUUCUGGCAGUGGUUUGACGGGGUGAUGGAAGUGUUGAAGAAGCAUCACAAACCCCACUGGAAUGAUGGCGCCAUCCUAGGUUUUGUGAAUAAGCAACAGGCCCACGACCUGCUUAUCAACAAGCCAGAUGGGACCUUCCUGUUACGUUUUAGCGAUUCAGAAAUCGGGGGCAUCACCAUCGCCUGGAAAUUUGACUCACCGGAUCGCAAUCUGUGGAACCUGAAGCCAUUCACCACGCGGGAUUUCUCCAUCCGGUCCCUGGCUGAUCGACUGGGGGACUUGAACUAUCUCAUCUAUGUGUUUCCUGACCGCCCCAAGGAUGAGGUCUUCUCCAAGUACUACACUCCUGUGCUCGCUAAAGCAGUUGACGGAUACGUGAAGCCACAGAUCAAGCAAGUGGUUCCUGAGUUUGUGAACGCGUCUGCAGAUGCCGGGGCCGGCGCCACGUACAUGGACCAGGCGCCCUCCCCAGCAGUGUGCCCCCAGACUCAUUACAACAUGUACCCACAGAACCCCGAUCCUGUCCUGGACCAGGACGGAGAAUUCGACCUGGAUGAGACCAUGGAUGUGGCCCGGCAUGUGGAGGAACUCUUACGGCGGCCCAUGGACAGUCUUGACCCCCACCCUUCCCCACCUGCUGGCCUCUUCACCUCUGCUAGAAGCUCCUUGUCGUGAAUGAUUCUCUAUGGAGACAACUUUCAA